AAGAACGUAGUCAGGACUCAGGAGGGUUUUGGCCAGAACCUCCUUCAACAGCCCGCGCGUAACUCUUUCCUUUCCUGUUCGGAGCCGGAGCUUCUCCCAUGCACAAUGGCGCUCUCAGAUUCAACGAAUCAGUCGAACAAACCCGAAGAUUUGGACCUUCUCAAGUCUGAUAUAGCUUCUUUCGCUUCCUCACUCGGUCUCUCGUCCUCAGUUCCUUCUUCCCAGUCGGGCUUCAACGAUGCCGAUUUUCGCAAAACUGGUCGUCUCCAGACUAAUAAGCUUCAUAAGAAGGAGAAACAAGCUCCUACUGCGAAAUCGACGAACACCCAGAAGCCACCGCACCAGAAUUUAAAACCUAAUGAAAAGCCCAAGCCUAAACCCCCUGUUCUCUCACUUGAGGAGGACAGCAAUGUCAAGCCUUUGGGAUUUGAGAGAUUCAAGAACAUGCCUAAGCUGCCAUUGAUGAAAGCUAGUGGGCUUGGAGUAUGGUAUAUGGAUGCGGAGGAAUUGGAAUUGAAAGUGAUCGGGAAGGGGACGAAAGUGGAAGUGAGGAACGUGGAGGACUGGAAGAAAGUAGUUGAGAAAAAGAGAGAGCUUGCAGAGAGAUUGAUGGCCCAAUACGUUAAAGAUUACGAGUCUUCAAGAGGGCAGAGUGGGGAUAUUAAGAUGCUAAUUGCCACGCAGAGGUCAGGGACUGCGACUGAUAAGGUUUCCGCAUUCUCAGUUCUGGUUGGGGACAACCCCAUGGCGAAUUUGAGGUCCAUUGAUGCUCUUCUGGGAAUGGUAACAUCAAAAGUGGGGAAACGGCACGCAAUAACAGGGUUCGAAGCACUGAAAGAAUUAUUUGUUUCAAGUUUAUUGCCUGAUCGAAAGCUUAAGAAUCUGUUACAGCGGCCAUUGAAUCAUGUACCUGAGACUAAAGAUGGUAACUCCCUCUUACUAUUUUGGUAUUGGGAAGAAUGUUUGAAACAAAGGUAUGAACGUUUUGUUUUUGCCCUAGAAGAAGCAUCAAGAGAUAUGUUACCUAUAUUAAAAGACAAGGCAUUAAAGAUUAUUUAUACAUUGCUAAAGAGUAAAUCAGAACAAGAGCGGAGAUUACUCUCUGCAUUAGUUAACAAAUUAGGGGAUCCAGAAAAUAAGGGUGCUUCCAAUGCUGAUUAUCACUUGUCAAAAAUCUUGUCUGACCACCCAAAUAUGACGGUUGUAGUGAUUGAUGAGGUGGACUCUUUUCUUUUUCGGCCUCAUUUGGUAUUACGAGCCAAGUACCACGCUGUUAACUUUUUGAGCCAAAUUCGUCUCACUCAUAAAGGAGAAGGACCAAAUGUGGCAAAGCGUUUGAUAGAUGUAUAUUUUGCACUUUUCAAGGUUCUUAUUACAGAGGCAGGGAUUGGUCAUGGAAAGGAUAAAAGUGACAAAAAAUGCCAUGGAAAAGCUUCCAAAUCUGAUAAGCAUGGCAAAGCAAAGGAUUUGUUAGAAUCCCCGGUUGAAUUGGACUCACGUCUACUAUCAGCACUUCUAACAGGAGUCAAUAGAGCAUUUCCAUAUGUCUCAAGCACAGAAGCUGAUGACAUUAUAGAGACCCAAACGCCAAUGCUCUUCCAACUGGUUCAUUCCAACAAUUUUAAUGUGGGAGUUCAAGCGUUAAUGCUUCUUGAUAAGAUCUCAUCUAAGAAUCAAAUUGUUAGUGACAGGUUUUACCGGGCGUUGUACGCAAAGUUACUUCUUCCUGCAGCCAUGAAUUCUUCGAAGGCAAAAAUGUUUAUUGGACUUCUUCUCAGAGCGAUGAAAAGUGAUGUGAAUUUGAAGCGGGUGGCUGCCUUUGCAAAGCGUGUGAUGCAGGUUGCCCUUCAGCAGCCACCUCAAUAUGCGUGCGGAUGCCUUUUCUUGCUCUCAGAAGUAUUAAAGGCAAGGCCGCCGUUGUGGAACUUGGUGCUUCAGAAUGAGUCAACCGAGGAAGAAGAAGUAGAACAUUUUAAGGAUAUCGUAGAAGAAGAGCCUGAUAAGAAACCAACCCCUCCCUCGGAAACUCAAGAGAAGAAAGCUGACAAUGUGAAGAGUACUGAUACUUCCUUUGCUGAUUCUGACAGUAAUUCUUCAGAAGAUGAAAAGGAAGCUCCACUCUCUUCUGAAGAUGAAGAUUCAGACGAAGCAGAAGAGUUUCUGGUAAGAGACGAUGCACUCCCAGAAGACCACAUUGAAACAGUGUCUGUGUCUGGUGGACAGCAAUCUCAAGUACCACCCCCUGAGACUCAGAAAGCUCGGCUACCUGGAGGAUACAAUCCAAGGCACAGGGAACCAUCUUAUUGCAAUGCAGACCAUGUAAGCUGGUGGGAGCUGACAGCACUUGCUUCACAUGUGCACCCAUCAGUUUCUAAAAUGGCGACAACCCUUCUUUUCUCAGGGACUAACAUUGUGUACAAUGGAAAUCCACUUAAUGAUCUCUCACUCACUGCUUUUCUGGACAAGUUCAUGGAAAAGAAACCCAAGUCAAGUACAUGGCAUGGUGGUUCACAGAUUGAACCUGCCAAGAAGCUUGAAAUGAACGACCAUUUGAUUGGGUCAGAUAUUCUAUCGUUGGCUGAAGAUGAUGUUCCACCAGAAGAUCUUGUCUUCCACAAGUUUUACAUGAACAAAAUGAGUUCUUCAAAGAGGCCAAAAAAGAAGAAGAAGAAAAGAGGAGCAGAUGACGAUGAUGCAGAAGCGUUGUUUGAUGUUGAUGGUGGCGGAGGCAAUGACGAAAGUGAUAAUGAAGAGAUUGACAACAUGUUGGACUCUACUGAUCUUUCUGGAGAUUUGAACGUGGGCGAUUAUGACUAUGACGAUCUUGACCAAAUUGCUAAAGAAGAUGAUGAAGACUUGGUUGGUAAUGUCAGCGAUGAGGAUCCAGACAUGCUCUCAGACGUUGCUGAGGGAGAGGAUUUUGAUAUUGACGAUGCUGCUAUGGAGAAUGGAAGUGAUGAUGAUGAAGAUGACGAUGAUAUUAUUGAAAUUGGUGAUGUAGAUGAUAGUGAGAAUGAUGAUGAUGGUUUUGAUCAAAGAAUCAAAACUAAGGGAAAACGAAAGCCUGGCAAAUCUGGAGCAUCACCUUUUGCUAGUUAUGAAGAGUACGAGCAUCUACUGAAUGAGGAUGGUACGUCUCUCGAGGACAAGGGACCUUUAAAAAAGAAGGCAAAGAAGUCUUCCAAGUCGCGAAAGAAGAGAAAAUCAUCAUCAGAGUAAACUCGGAUGACUCAUUUUGCUUGGAAAUCUUAUGAUUUCCCCUCAAUUUUGUACUGUAGCAUUAAAGAUUGUUUAUUUAAGCAUUUGAUAUGUACACUAAUGAAUGAUAUAAGCCUGAAGGUAUACCAAUUUCUAUUUAUUCAUCGUAAAUCCUAAGCCAUGGGUCCAGAUAGAAAGAUACAGCAGCUACUGAAUUUUAAGGUUUAUUAGUCAAAAGUGUACAAUUUGGCCAGUAAUGGAAUAACACACUAUCAAAUUCCAACACAAA